AUGUUUUUGGGCUUUAGCGAUGAAGCUCAUAUCUAAACUAAAAUUAAAAGCCCAAUUAAAAGGAGUUUGAGACUAAACGGCGUCGUAGCCAUCUUGUCCACGGUCGUCGUCGUCUAGGGUUUUGAGCAUUACCGUAGCAGCAGAGGAAGUCUGGAACCAUGGAGGCGUUCGAUGGCUUCUCGUCACUAAAGAUAUAGACUUUGGAUCCCGAUCGAGAGCCAAGAACCAUUAGAAGCUCAAAAUGUCAACCACCAUCACCGCCGGCGACGUUACAGACUUCUCCGGCGGCGGAGAAGAACGGAGAAAAGUCGCUAUAAUCUUAGCGUUUUGCGGCGUGGGUUAUCUAGGGAUGCAAAGGAACCCCGGCGCGAAAACCAUAGAAGGCGAGCUCGAAGAAGCUCUGUUUCGCGCCGGAUCUGUAACGGAGACCGAUCGUGGCAAGCCGAAGCAGUACGACUUCACGCGGUGCGCGCGGACCGAUAAAGGAGUGAGCGCCGUGGGACAAGUCGUCUCCGGUCGAUUCCACGUUGACCCUCCUGGGUUUGUGGAUCGGCUCAACGCUAAUCUCCCUGAUCAGAUUAGGGUUUUUGGUUACAGGCGUGUUCCAGAGAAGUUUAGCUCCAAGAAGUUCUGUGAUCGGAGGAGGUAUGUGUAUCUGCUCCCCGUGUUUGCUCUUGAUCCGUUCACGCAUCGUGAUAGAGAAGCGGUGAUGGCUAGUUUGGGUUCUGGAGAGGAGUAUGUGAAGUGUUUCGAGUGUUCUGAGAGAGGGCGUAAGAACAAGAUCACUGGUGUUGUGGGCAAGUUGAAAGGUGAUAGCUUUGACGCUAAGUCAUUGGAUGUUCGGUCAGACAUUACGUCGAACAGCUUGAGUGCGUUGAGAACUGAUGUAAAGAGUAAGUUUUGUUACGGUGAAGAAGAGAAGGAGAGGUUUAAUAGGAUACUGAGUUAUUAUGUUGGGUCGUAUAAUUUUCAUAAUUUCACUACUAGGAUAAAGGCUGAUGAUCCAGCUGCGAAUCGUUCCAUCAUCUCCUUCACUGCAAACACUGUUAUUAGUCUUGAUGGGAUUGACUUUAUCAAGUGUGAAGUAUUGGGACAAAGCUUCAUGCUUCAUCAGAUUCGGAAGAUGAUGGGUCUUGCUGUUGCUAUCAUGAGGAACUGUGCUCCUGAGUCACUUAUCGAGACUGCUUUCAGCAAAGAUGUGAAUAUAACUGUACCAAUGGCGCCAGAAGUAGGACUUUACUUGGAUGAAUGCUUCUUCACGGCUUAUAACAACACACAAUUUGAAGAUGGGCAUGAGGAAGUGUCGAUGGAAGCAUACAAGGAAGAAGCUGAAGCCUUUAAAUUGAAGCAUAUAUAUUCUCAUAUAGGCUCUGCUGAGCGAAGAUAUGGAUCUGUAGCUCUUUGGUUGCAUUCCUUGAACUAUAGAAACUAUCCUGACCUAAACUAUGGCAGAAAUGGACACAACACAGAACCAGUUCUUGUCUACAAGACUGUUGGCGAGGCCCAAGAAACAACAGAGCCAGAGCAAAAUGAUGAAAACUCUCAAGUCAAGACCUCCAAAGACACCAUUACUGUAGUAGCUUAACUAAUCUCAGGGUUUGUUAGAAGAGUCAUCACUGUUUGUGUUUAUGAGUUUUUUUCAACAAUUUUGGUUAACGAUUCCUGUAACUUUUAUAUCAAAAUGCUUUUUU